CGACGGCGAUGGUGGCCUCGUAAACGACCUGCCGACCUGCAUCGAACGCCUUCCUUCCCGUCUGCGUGCAUGCAUGUCCAACUUGUCAUUCUGAGAGCUCAAGUUGCGACGUCGAGCACCAGGCUGGCCUACAUACACUUUCACUGUACACCAUCUGCCCCCCGAGUCCUCUGAUCCCUCCUCCUGUUGGUCAACCACUCUCGUUAAAACACAAUGACCAUGAUCGGCCCCCAUCACGUCGACCGAUCGUCGUUGAUCUUUUAUUCUAUCGCCAGUCUGGCCGUCAUUUCUCAGCUUACCUCGACUGCAAUCACAACGACGCUCGCUACAUCAUCUUUGGUACUCAGCCCAAUUUUUCCCUCGGCCAUCAGCGCCUCUGUUUUCGAGAUAUUCGCCCUAGUCACGCUUCUAGUUGCCAUUGGCCUUUUCUUGCGUAGGGUUUCUCGAAACCUGAUGCUCGCCGCCUGGAUUCCCACUGUUCUUUCCGGCCUGAUUGGAUCUACCCUGGCCAUCACUAGCUUAUCCUUUGCUCGACGUUUCAAGCCAGACAAUGCUCCUAGCGAAGGACCAUACGACCAGCACGUGCACAGUCUGGCCGAAGCUGGUAUUGCUGUGGCUGUCAUCGGCCUAGUACUACAGUUCAUCUUUUGGACAAUAACCUGGCCCCGACAUAUGCAACACAGCGUGCUCCCAGAACACGAGCAGCCUCUUUCAACUCAGCAGGUCAAGCCGCGUACCAUUCACCUUCGCCUUGGCUCGAUCGGUAUGGAGCAGCCGUCGUCUUUCUUCGGCGCUCGACAGGGACCUGCUUCGCUAAAGUCAAUCGCCUCCUCUCAUUUCACUGCCAGUGCGAAAUCAUCAAUCAGAAACUCAGCAACAGAGUCAUUGCAUCCAAUGACAUCAAAGACGAGGCUGAUCUUGCAGACAUCCUUUGGCUCACGAAGCUCCAGAGGCACGGCAGCAGGCAUCGGCUCUCCGCCGUCUCGAAGCACUGAGUCGGAGUUUGAGCACUGGGACACUUCCCGUGUGAAUCAUUCGUUCGAGACAAUGAAGAAGCCGAAAAUGCCCUGCUUAGAACCGAUCCCAGGCAGCCGACCGGCCUCCUCAGCGCGUCCUUUAGAUGGACCAUUUCCCAGCGUCACAAUUCCUCACGAGACUCCAAUGCCAAUCUACGGGGCUUUCAUGUCACCAAAAGCGAACACAGAAUCUGAAAAUUUCCCAAUACAGGAUCUUCCACGUCUGCACAUUCGGCGAGAUAGCACUCCAAGCAUUACUAGUCCGACCACCCCCACUGUCGAUCAGCAUCAUAUACACCCUCUUUUCAGAUCGGAGUCUCCGGCGCCACCGCCACUAACUUCACCUGGAACAGUCAUCACCGCAUCUCCCUAUGCUGGGCAGAUAUUUACCCCAGAAUUUGCUUUGCAAAGCCCCAGACUGCUUGGAUCGAUGGACGGCUCACGCCCUGCGAGUCCAGCAAUGUUGUCAUCCAGCCUCAGUCGCCCUGGCAGUAGCAAGAGCUCUCGUACGAUCCCAACGUCUCCUUUUGACUUAGGCCACGUGCCACUACCGGAUCGUGGUUUCCAAAGGCUGGCGACGACUCAUUCCCGACCGGGAACGCCGCUGAGUCCGAAUGGCUGAUUAUUCACGAAUGAAACGAAGUAGUACUGGAUGUGCACACUUUUGAGUCCAUGUCACGGGGCGGCAAAAAUUUGGCAUAAUGAAACGACAUGGGAGUCCAGCAUUAGACCAGGAGACUGAGCAGGACUCAACAUAUGCUGAAACAUAUGGGCUCUCCCAUGACUAAAAGCCGCAUCUCCCAAAGCCAGCUGGUAGGAUGCUGGACGGAAUCUGGGAUCACAGCACCGCCCAUGAAUGGCAUGAUAUAAGAGGAGGAAUAACAUGCUUCGAGCUAUGCUCAGCGUUUGUCUGUUCAGGGGGAGGGAAGCAUAGGGAAUGAAACAGGCGCUUCCAAGCCCGUCGCCCUGGUGUUAGGUUAUGAGCACGAACGUCACGGAAUACUUGCAAUGGAAAUAAGUAAUGAGCAAUCUAUCGUAUCAGAGCAAUGGAAAAUUCGAGUAGUGUCUUGUC